CAACGGACACAGCAUCAUCGAUUGAAUUCGAUUGCUUAAUAAUUCCUUUUUAAACUCCGUACCUCGUUACCAUAUCUACGAGCUUCUUCAUUUCUCAAAAGUGAUUUUUGUCAGGUUUCAUUAACAGAUAUCUAUCUCCAUAGCAAUAGCAACAAUGGCAUCUGAGCGCCCCCCACACUCGCGGACUCUCUCCACCAACCUUGGAGGGGCACGAGGUUAUCGCCCCCUUGAAGGGAAACUCGCCAUCGUAACGGGCGCCUCUCGAGGAAUCGGAGCCGCCAUAGCCCAAAACCUCGCCUCCAAGGGCGCCUCCCUGAUCAUCAACUACACGUCCGACAAGUCCUCCCAGAUCGCCAAGGAGCUCUCCGAGUCCCUCAGCAAGGAGUACGGCGUGCCCUGCCUCGUCAUCCAAGCCGACAUGGGCGUUGCCGCCGGGCCCGCCCACCUGAUCAGCACGGCCAAGAACCACUUCUCGCACCCCAAGACCGGCAAGUUCCAGAUUGAUAUCCUGGUCAACAACGCUGGCGUGCACGGCAAUCAGCUGCUGCAGGAUGUCACCGUCGACGAGUACGAGAGGCAGUAUCGCGUUAAUGUCCUGGGCCCUAUGCUGCUCACGCAGGCCGCCUUGCCUUACCUGCCCCAUGAUCGCAGCGGACGCAUUGUGAACCUCAGCUCGGUGAGUAGUUCGGAGGGCUUUGCCGGCCAGACGGUUUAUGGAGGUACGAAGGCGGCUUUGGAGGCUAUGACGAGGACGUGGGCUAGAGAGUUGGUCGAGAGGGCAACGGUUAAUGCUAUCAAUCCCGGCCCUGUGAAGACAGACAUGUGGGGUGCCAACAGUGCAGAGUUUAGAAAGUCGUUGUCCCCAUGGAUCAGCCAUACUCCCGGGUCGCAGGUAAGACCGGGGGUUGAUGAUGAGGAUUUGGUCAAGGAUGCGCCCAUAGCUGGUGGGAGACCAGCGUACACCGAGGAGAUCGCAGGGAUUGUUGGGAUGUUAUGCACGCCCGAUAGUUUAUGGUGUACAGGGCAGGUUGUCUGCGCCAAUGGAGGUAUGAGAAUGGCCAUUUGA